AUGAUGUCCCUACCCACCAACGGCUUCGCCGAAGCAUCCAGGAUCGCCUACCAGGAGCAGAAGCGCCAGAAAAAACUCUUGGAGAAGCGCACCGCGAAUGCAGAACUCGACCGCAUCCGCCAGUGGCGCGCCAACUCAGGUUUGCCUCGGUUCUCGGCCAUCAUACCGCAGAUGAUCGCGGAGAAUGUAAAUAGCCGUGAUAAGGACAACAAUCAGUUCCAUGACAGCGACGUCGAAGCGCGGCGUUCAUCCGACAACGUACCCCCGUCCACGCUCCACGGAGCAUACAGUGGUGGACGAAAUGCGUCAGAGCAUCCGCGCGCGGACACCGAGCUCCCCGCAAAGCCAACCAGCUUCCGUCAGAAGAUCCGCAACUUGUUUCGUUGCAUCAAGAAGUCUACCGAGGGUCACAGUGCUGGCGUUCAGAAUAAGUUCGGAGGGGAUGACAGCGGUGCGUCCACGGCGGUCGGUGACAGUGAGGAUGAGGAGAUCUCGGCGCUCCCGCGCAUUCGAAACCCACGCUUCAAUGAGGUCCAGGAGGUCAAGCAGGAGAAGGGCUUCAAGAAGUUCUUGAAGAGACUUCGCUGA